AUGAGUUCGCAACGAUAUGAGAGGGUAUCUGCGAACGAUGAAGAUACCCCUCCGACACCUACAUCCCCUCCACCAUCCUUCCGAUCGCGAGGCUCCUCUCCUUCUUCACGACACCACGUAGCGCCCGUCGACCAAAAUCUAGCGGAUACUUUUGAUGAUGGAUCUGAUGAUGAGGAUAACGAUGGCGAUGACAGACAACGAUUGAUGCGUGGAAAUCCUUCUUCGUCAACGGAGAGAUUGAAUGAAACGACGAGCGAUGAUCGACCAACUACUCAGAGAACAGUAACCGUCGUGCCGACAUUUGUACCGCCAACAGGUGGAAGGGUUUAUGGCGGUGGUUCGGGAUCUGACGGUGUUUUUGCGAAUCUAAGUGCUAAGCCUGAGAGAGGCGAGAAGCAAGAAGAACAUCCUCCUACGUACGAACAAGCAGCCGCAGAUGCCGCACCACCAUACUGGGAAACCACCAUUCUCGCUCCCGGACUUGGGGGACUAGAUGAAGUAUACGUCGAGGGUCUUCCAGUUGGCUCUUUAUUUUCUUUUAUCUGGAACGCCAUGAUAUCCAUGUCUUUCCAACUUGUUGGUUUUCUCCUCACAUAUCUAUUACAUACCACUCACGCCGCCAAAAAUGGAUCUCGUGCCGGUCUCGGAAUUACACUCAUUCAAUAUGGUUUCUACAUGAAAGGAACAAAUAAUGUCGUCACGCCACCUUCAGGGGGAAAUGAUGCAUCAUAUGCUCAACCUCCCGAUCCAAAUUCUCAUGAUUUCGACCCCGAUAAGGUUAAUGCGGCUGCUACUGCAGGAAUGGAUUCAGGAAGUGGAGGAAUCGGUGAUAUCGCUAGCAAUGAAUGGUUUGCGUAUGCAUUGAUGAUUGUCGGAUGGUUCAUCCUGAUCAGAGCGUUUAGCGAUUUCAUUAGAGCGAGGAGACAUGAGCAAUUGGUGUUACAAAGUCCGGAUCGUGGACUGCCAGUUCCUAUUAUUGCGACUGGAGAGGAGAGCGAGACUAUUGUUUAA